GUCUUUGCUUCCGACAAGACGUGUCCCCACUCCCACAAGGAGGAGAGCCGCAGUGGCCGCUCGCCCAUCUUUUUCUCCCUUCAUAUUCACAUCCUCACGACCUUUCAUGCCCCACCGACGCUCACCAGCUAUCCUUCCCUCCUCUUCGCACCCCCGCAUCAGUAGUCGGUCCUUUGCAACAUAUUGUUUAAUUUGGAUACUAGUUAAAUCUCAUUUUCUGCUUUGUUCUUAUCUGCAAAAUGUCAACUCCUCCGAUGCAGAUUUGCAUGGACGCCUCUUCCGACUGGCUAAAGCAGGGCAUGGUUCAAGAGGACAGCGGGACGAAUUCCUCCUCCCCGUCCAGCGAACUGAUCUCAUGCUCAAGGCCGCCGGUCAUGGACAAAAGGCUGCGGCCGCAACAUGAUCAGGCCCUCAAGUGCCCCCGGUGUGACUCGACUCACACCAAGUUCUGCUACUAUAACAACUACAGCCUGUCUCAGCCGAGGUACUUCUGCAAGACAUGCAGGAGGUAUUGGACUAAAGGUGGAACGCUUCGGAAUGUGCCUGUCGGCGGCGGCUGCCGGAAGAACAAGCGCCCGAAUGUUAAGAAGACAGCCGACCUGUUUCAUCCGACGGCCUCGCCGUUCCAGGACGCAACCCUGCAGGCUCUCCACCAAUCCUUUCCCUUGGUGCAACUGUCGCAUCUCGAGUCACUGACCUAUGCUCCCCGGAACAUCGAUUUCACGGAGUGCAAGUACAACCUGAUGCUCGACAACACUAUGGAUGGUCUCGAUCUCAUGGAUACAAAGUUCGGAGCCAUGUUUCCUAGGAGCCAUCUUCCCUUGGGCGGAGGCAUAGCAGGGCUCGGAGAAGCAAGUCAUGGAUUCACCUCAGCCGGCUUCCAUGGCUCGAACGCUUGUGGUUUCUCCAUCGAUGGGAACCAUGCGGCCUUCAUGGAGACAUGUCAGAAGCUGGCACUCCCCUUGGAUGGGCGCGAGGAGGCAAAUGCGGUGGAUGUCAAGCCCAGCGAUAGGAUUCUAUCGAUGGAGUGGCAAGAUCAGUGUUGUGCCGAUGCUGGACGUGAAGCAAUGGGGUGCUCCGAUGGCCUUGGAUCGUGGAGUGGGAUGAUGAACGGACAUGGCUCCUCGGCGACCAUGUGAAACUAGAGUUCUGCUAGUCGUUACCACAAUCAACUACGUAAUGGUAGAGAAGAAGCAUUCUGACUAUGUUGCUUCGAGUAUUUGCUCUUUCCCUUUCGAUUGGUCUUCCAUUUCCGGAGCAAUGUGAAGUGAUCAUAGAAGCAGUGGAGUGACCUAAUCAAUGGUUUGAUACUUUCUUCUUGUUUCUUUCUGUCCUUUUUCCCUAUCCCUUGAUGAAGUCUUUGUAGCAACUUGAUCUUUAAGUGGAUUCCUAGAGAAAGAAAUACAAUCGACGUUUCAGAAAAAGAAAUUCCAAGACUCGGGAGGGAUGAACUCAGGUUCGGUUUAUGUCUUUUUCUAUCUGAUACCUUACUUUAACUCACGCCACAAGAUGGUCGUAUGUAUGCUACGGUGCUUUGAACUUGUAUUUACUUUGAGCUUGAACUUAAGUUUGUCACGUCCAAAAGACUUCU